GAAUGGGAGGUAGACGUCAAGGACCUCACCCUCGGGAAGCUGCUGGGGUCUGGCUCCUUCGGCGACGUGUACAAGGGGAUGUGGCUCGGGGCGGAGGUUGCGGUGAAGAGGCUUAGGUUCGCGAGGGGUUUGACGGCAACAGACCUUAAGGAGUUCAGGGCAGAGGUCGACAUCAUGGCCAGGAUGCGGCACGUUAACGUGGUCCAGUUCGUCGGGGCGUGCACGGUCCCUCCCAACCUCUCGAUCCUUACGGAGUUCCUCCCCAAGGGCUCUCUGUACGACGUACUUAGGAGGGAGCGGCUGACUUGGCCGCUCAAGGUGAAGAUAAUGCACCAGGCAGCGGCGGGGCUCCUCUACCUCCACAACCGCAAACCCCCCAUCGUGCAUCGCGAUCUCAAGUCAGACAACUUCCUGGUGGCCUCCGACUACACCGUCAAGGUCUGCGACUUCGGGCUCGCGAGGUUCAAGAGCGCCGCUGGGCACGUGGCUACUUCCCACAACCGAUCGGGAACCCCCGGCUGGAUGGCGCCGGAGGUUCUGAGAGGGGAGAAGUUCAACGAGUGCUGCGACAUCUACAGCUUCGCCAUCGUCAUGUGGGAGCUACUCACUGGCGAGUGUCCCUGGGGAGACAUGGAGCCUGCCCAGCUGACCUCCGUAGUCGGCUUCCAAGGCCGGAGACUCCCCGUCCCUUCCCGUCCUCCUCCCGGCUGCCCGGAGGACUACCUCCUCCUCAUGACCGACUGCUGGCAGCAGUCGCCGAGCAGGAGGCCGAAGAUGAGGGAGGUGCAAGCGAGGCUGCUGGAGAUGGAGAAGAGGACUGGGGGCAGGUAG